GCUAUUUUGUCUCCAACGACUUGGAGAAAGUAACAAAGCAAAGUCCAUGUUGUGUUGCUCUCACAUCACCUGACUUUGUCGUAGGAUAUUUGAUCAUUGCUUGAGAUCUGCCUUUUCUGCUUCUUCUGGGUUCUUCCCAGAUUAUGAACAUUGAAAAACACCACUCUUCAGAGCCAAGGUUCAUGAACCAUAUAUAGGAGAAGAGUAGAAAUCCUUCGAAUGGUUAAUGCCUAUGUUCCUGAAUUGACUUUCUGAGAGAAGGCUUGUUCAACAUUCUCAAGGGAUGCAAAGAUGGAGAAGAAAAGAAAGAUUGUGCAGUAUAGGGAGAGGCUGGAUAGGACUCUUGCCUCGCCUGAUCUUGCAAAUGAUGAGAUGCUCAAAAAGCUUGUCGGAAGUCAACUCCCACCUUCUUCAGAACCUGAAGUAGAAGGAUUUAGAGAUAAAUUAGUAGAAACCAAGACUGCGGAGGUGUCUCACUUUCUUGAUAUGUUGAGGAGUGCUUCUUCAGAUGAUAGCGGAAGAUCUUAUACAUCACACACUGAUUGGAAAUUAAAACAAGAUGGUGACGAGUUUCGUGUUAUGUAUCGUGAAGGACCAGAAGGAACUCCCUUUCAUACAAUGCUUGUAGAAGGCUUUGUAGAUGGGCCUGUUGAUGUUUGUUUAUGUAUCUCUUGGGAGACAUGCCUUUACAAAAAAUGGUGGCCUCAGUCUACUAUUCCCACUUUCAAAAUCUUAUCAGCUGAAUGUUUGCAAAAGACCCGGAUUGGGGAACAAUUAUCACUAGUGAGGGUGAAGGUUUCAUGGCCUCUGUCUCUGAGGGAAGCUAUAGUGCACUAUUAUCUGUUUGAGUACUUUCAAGAUGACUUAAUUGUUGUUCUUACAAAUUCGGUUCCGGAUUCAAAGAAUGCCACAGGAACCCUUUGUGGUUUCAACAAUGAGGCAAUUCCUGAAGCAAGAGAGGUUGUGAGAGUUGAUUUGGUGGGAGGCUUUGCUUUGCAAAAGGUGACAUCAGAAAGAUGUUACUUUCGGACAAUAGCAAAUAUGGAUAUAAAGUUGGAUUUUGUGCCUCCAUCCCUUAUAAACUUUAUUUCAAGGCAGCUCAUUGGUAAUGGUUUCAGACUUUAUCAGAAGACGGUGUCUUCUAUGACAAGCCACGAUAAAGGGGAAUUCAAUAAGGCCUUGGGGGAUCCAUUAUAUGUUCGAAUUCGGGAAGCUCUAUAUAACACUAGUGGAUCAAAGGCCAUGAAUGGUAAAGAGCUUCAGCAAGUUGCAAGUGUUCUCCCUGCUGAAGAUCUUGUUGAAAGUAAGCAGGGUGGGGAAAAAGAUGCAUCUAAGGAAGAUAUGAGUAAUCAAUAUGCAAAUAAUGUCAUGCCAAUGGCAGUGAAUAACAAAGUACUAGAUAGUAGCAAAACCUUUAAUGAGAUUGUAGAAGUAGAUUGUGAAGAAAUUGUACAAGGUAAGGAAAAAAAUGCAUCUAAGGAAGAUAUAAGUAAUCAAUAUGCAAAUAAUGUGAUGCCAAUGGCAAUGAAUACAAAAGAACUAGGUGGUAGGAAAAAAUUUGCUGAGAUUGUAGAAAUAGAUAUUGAAGAAAUUGUACUAAUUGAGGAGGACACUGAAGAAGUAAAAGACAUUCAAAAUAAGGAAGUUGAAAUGAGUGUACUAAGGGGCAAGAGGAGUAUAUAUAUCAGAUCAGAGGUAGAACAUGCUCUAGAAACAUUAGAAAAAGCCAUUUCAAUGGUUCGUGAACAGCGACUUCAUUCUCGGGUGGUAUCUUCUAGCGUUGCCGACGAAGAGUCCCCUUUUAUGAAAAAUGAUGAUAAAGUUGAUACAUAUUCCUCAAAACUCACUCAACCAAGUUCCAAAAAUGAGGUUAGUGUUGAAGUACCUAAUGGAGAUAUUUCGGAGGGAGCUUCGCAAGAAGCCCUUGGGAAUAACCCUGGCAUCCAAAAUUCAAGGUGUACAGGAACAGAUCCUAACUCAAAGGAAGUAAAUUCUAACAAAGUAGUACCAACUUCAUCAGAGCAGAAUGUUUCAACAUCUAUUUUGUUAAGCCAGGCUGUUUCACAUCCCUUGGGAAACGGAGCAAUUCUGGACCAAACAACAAUCAGCAACAAGCAAUUAAACACUGAUUCAGUCCAAGACACGUCUUUAGAUCAUGCAGACAAGUCAAGCAGGCAGAAAAAACUAAACACCAUUGUAACUCAAAGUAUGAAUUCAGAUGUACCAAAGAAGUUAAGCAGGCAGAAAAAAUUUCUGUUGUUUUGUUGUUUUCUGCAUUGACUAAAGAGAAAAGGUUAAUUGGCCAUGAACAGAGGAAGGAAACAGGGAAUUUGUAUACCUUAAUUGGUCGUGUAUACUGACAGGGUUCUCCCUUUUGUUUUGUUGGAAGAAUCUUCUCUCUCUCUCUCUCUCUCUCUCUUCCCUCCCUUUCUAUUUUCAUCCUUUAGUGAAACUAAAAUGUACGACUUAUUCAGAAUCUUUUCAAAUAAGGGAUUUCAUUGUGUAUAGUUUUAUCCUAUUUUUAGGAUGAACUAAACUUGUAACAAAUGUUUUAUCCCACUGUAAUAUGUUUAUUAAACAAUACCAUUAUUUCUUCAACUUUUCCA